AUGCUCAGCAAUAUUGGGGUCGCUGUGAUUUUCCUGGUCCUCUUUGGCGUCCAUACCUCUUUGGCCGAGACGCGAAAUAAGGUCGUUUUGACCAACGACGAUGGCUGGGCAGUAGCGUUAGUUCGGGCGCAGAACAAUGCUUUGAAGGCGGCGGGGUAUGAUGUCAUCCUUUCUUGUCCUGCUGAAAACGAGUCUGGCACAGGCUCGUCUAGUGCCCCAGCAACGAUACUUCUCAUUCCCUGCGAGUAUGAUACAUGUCCAAUCGGCUCUCCCGCCGAAGGAUUCAAUGCAUCCGACCCGCGCCUGAACUACGUCAAUUCCUUCCCCGUCGACGCUGUUCGGUAUGGGAUUCAAACACUUGCACCACAAUUCUUCGACAGUGCACCUGAUUUCGUUGUCAGUGACAACCUGGGAUCUGUCAUCUUGGGUUCCGGCACAGUAGGCGCGGCAUGUGAAGCUGCUCUUGAAGGCAUUCCUUCGGUCGCAUUUUCUGCAGAUACCGCUUCGCAGGUGUCCUACACAACCCUCGAGUCUGAGCCCGACUCCACCGACACGCUUGCGGCACUAACAUAUGCCCAGUUGACCGUCAAGUUCGUGCAAGCUCUAACGUCUGCGGAGGGAACCAUCCUUCCCACAGGCAUCAGCGUCAACGUCAACUAUCCGUCUACUUCCCAGUGUCCGGAGCCUUCAGAUUUUAGCUUCAUACUUUCCAGGAUCAACGAGGACACCAGUGCGACCGAUGUGGAACAAUGCGGGACAACGAACCUCCCUGCAGAGGCCAAUGUUGUGACCCAAGGAUGUUUCGUGAGCGUAAGCGUCUUCAAUGCCUCGACAAAGGCAGACGUAGACGCCGAUACGCAGGCAUUUGUGUUGAACCGCAUUAGUGGGAUUUUGUCUUGUUUACCUUGA